AGAGAGAGAGAGAGAGAGAGUUUUCUCAAGAAAGGAAAAGUAGGAUGCGCACCGUGUAUGAUUGCCGCACCGAAUUUCGGAUUUGGGACGCACUUGUCCGGUAGACGGGAGACAGAUGGAACGUUCAUAGCAGUGAUACUUCGAAAGAGAGCAUCUUUCUGCCAGAGGCACCACCGACACUAUCAGAGAGACAGAAAGAGAGGGAAAGUGUGUUUGAGAGAACAGCACCUGUGUGUGCAAAAAAGAAGGAGGAAUGUAUGGCACAGUCAUACUCUCUUCUUUUCUUUUCUCCCUCCAUGCAAGUUGCUUUCCACAGUUCCACAGUCAUCAUGGGAGGAGAGUAUGUGUUGGAAAAGCCAACAGAGUAGUGUCCAGUACAGAAUCCUUCCUCCAGCCUGUACACAAACCGUACCUCACCAUGUGUCUAAACCAGCGCAUCUGUAGCACAUACAAAACAGUAUAUAAAGUCUCCUACAGACAGGUAAGCCGGCUAGAGCUGAGCUCCCCUAUUUACUCAGAAUGCUGUCCAGGAUGGCGACGUCUCCACUCACUCAACUGUAACCACGCAUUGUGUGUGCAGGCAUGCUUUAAUGGUGGAUCCUGCACAAGGCCAAAUCUUUGUGCAUGUCCCAUUGGCUGGACGGGACGCUACUGCCAAAUAGAUGUGGAUGAGUGUAAGGGGGCACAUGGUUGCAGUCACCAAUGUAUGAACUCUGCAGGAAGUUAUCAGUGUGUGUGCGCUGACGGAUUCCGUCUGGCUCAAGACAGACGAUCAUGUCUCAGCCUUUGUGCUCUUCCUCUUCCUCCUCAUCCAACUGUAGCCAGCCAGAGUGAAGUAGACAAUCACCUAUCCACAAAUAACAAUAGAGUUGGAGAUGUGGGACUGGUGGCAAAUGUUACAGAAGAGGUCCAGAUUUUGAGGAAUAGAGUAGAGCUGCUAGAACAGAAAUUGGAGAUGGUUCUUGCACCAUUUUCUACUCUCUUUCCUCCAGAGGAGGACGUGGCCAACAGAAAUGGCUUCCUGUUUGACAAGACUGACUUCCUGUCAGACCAGACCAAUUUCCUGUCACACUCACUGCGCCAGCUAGACAGAAUAGACUCUCUCAGUGAGCAGGUCAGCUUCCUGGAGGAGCGCCUUGGAUCAUGCUCUUGCCAAGAAAAUUAAAUGAUCAACAAAACAAGACACACCUGUAACAUCCAACUGAACACAACUUCAGGAGAAAGAACAGUCAACCAGCCCUGGAAUCUGCAUUACAGUGGUCACUUUACAACUUUGGCAUGUUUCUCACAGUCAUCAAACCUGUCUUUAAAUACACCAUAUGGCCAAAAGUAUGUUGACACCUGACAAUCACACCCAUAUGAGAUUGCUGAACUAUUCCAAAAUCGUCAUGAAUUAUUCAUUCAUUAAUAGCAUUAAUAUAGAGUUGUCCAACCUAUUUAUGACUAUAACAGCCUCCAUUCUUCUGGAAAGGCUUUCUACAAAAUUUUGUAGUGUGGCUGUGGAAAUUUGUGCCCCUUCAGCCAAAAGAGUAUUUGUUAGGUCAGGCACUGAUUUUGGAUGAGGAGGCUUGGCUUGCAGUCAACAUUCCAAUUUAUCCCAAAGGUAUUCAGUGGGGUUGAGGUUUGGGCUAAUGUGAGUUCCUCCAUACUGAACUCAUCAAUCCGUGUCUUUAUGGACCUUGUUUAUGCAUGGGGCACUAAAACUGGAACAGGAAAGGAAAGUUUCUUCCCUAAACUAUUGCCAGAAAGUUUGAAGAAUAUUGUCUAAAAUGUUUUUAUAAGCUGUAGCAUUAACAAUACCCUUCACUGGUACUAAAGGGUCUAGCCCAACUCCUGAAAAACAGUCCCAGACCAUUAUCCUUCCUGAACCAAACUUUACUAUUGCUACUAUGCAUUCCAGUAGGUAGCAUUCUCCUGGCAUCUGCCAAACCCAGAUUUAUCCUUCAGAUUUCCAGAUAACGAAGUAGAAUUAAUCAUUCAAGUGAACACAUUUCCACUGCUCCAGAGUCUAGUGGUGGUGUGCAUUAAACCACUCCAGCUAAUGCUUGGCAUUGUACAUAGUGAUCUUCAGCUUGUGUGCAGCUGCUCAGCCAUAGAAACCUAUUUCAUGAAGCUCAUGACACAAACGAGUGUGCUAAUGUUGCUUCUAGAGGCAGUUUGGAACUCUGUAGUGAGUAAUGCAAUAGAGGACAGAUUUUUAUGUGCUACAUGCUUCAGUACUCAGCAGUGUGUUUGCAUUGUCUACCACAUCAUAGCUGAGUUGGUGUUGCUCCUAGAUACUUCUAUUUCACAAUAGACUUAUAGUCUAUUGUAAACUUACAGUUUACUGGGGCAGAUCUACCAGGAAAGAAAUUUCAUGAACUGACUUGUGGCAAAGGUGCCACAGUUAAAGUCAUUGAGGUCUUCAGUAUGACCCAUUCUAUUGUUCCAUGUUUGUCUCUCAAGUUUGCAUGGCUAUAUGCUUGAUUUUUUACACUCAAUAAUUAGGAACGGUGUCUGCAUACUUUUGGUCAUAUAGUGUAAAUCAUGAAUGAAGUGUGUGCCAAGUAGGGAAUAAAACAUAGUGGGGCUUGGUGUCAAAGGAAAAUAAUCAACAAUGUCUUACCACCAUCUCAAGUUAUUUGCCUACAGUAGGCAAUUGGCUAAUGAUUAAAAUAUUUUAUGUAUUAAAGAAUUACGUGUUUAUCCUUUCAUAGAUACAUUUAAUAUUGUGGAACAUCUGCAAAACAAGCUAAUUCCUAAUAUCACUUUCAUUAUAGCAGCUAUAAACAGCCAAUCCCUCACCAUCCUUCUUUUUUAAUAAGACGGGAAAAAAAACCCAGCUGCUUGUCAUGAUGCAGGGAAGCCAUAAAGUGCAACUUCUGUCCUUAAGACAAUUAAAAUUACAGCUCUUCCUGAGUGUUACAAAGCACUGAGACUGGUGACUCUUUCCAUGUUAAAUAAUCCCCCACAGAAAGCCUGAACAUAUAGAAAAAUAUGGGUUUCUUUGUAAAAUAACACAUUGUUAAAAUCUGUUAAUUAUUAGGCUUAUACAGAGCAUCAAAACAUAUGCACGUUAAAAUGUGCAAAUUAAUAGGAUUCUGUGAUAAAUCUGGACUCUUACUUGCAGCCAGCACUAUUGUCAGAGCAGAAAUUUAAUCAACACUUUCUGAUAAGUCAGAAUUGAGAAUCCAACAGUAUGGUGAUAUAAAGGAUACAUGGGGUUUCUAAUGUCAAAACAGCUUUUAGAACAGCCACAUCAAUACAUUACUGAGCCAACUUUUUUUUGCAAAGACAAAAUACUCAGGAUUCAAUACUUGUUCACAGGGGCGUGUUUAGCCUAUUUUUGGGGGUGCUCAAGCACCCCCAAAAACGAGCUCAGCACCCCCUAGCUCAGCACCCUCAAAAACACUGCUUUUGGACGUAAUUUUCAGAAAUAAGUGCCCUUGCGCACUGCGCAAUGAAUGUGUGCGCGGCAGCGCGGGCGUGUGUGUGUUCUUGAAUUCACCUGUUACGUGAUAGUUCUAUGAGCAGUAAAAUACCUCUCCUCCUUGAGUCCCCUCUGAUUGGGUUGCCUGUCCGCGCGAGUGCUUGCUACGACAUGGUGUUUUUUUUAACUGGAUUCCACGCCGAUGAGGAACUUGAAGUAGCACCUGAGUAUUACUGGCAUAGCGAGAUGUGAAGGUACGGACUGGAGUUACAAUUGUUAAACACAACACAAUAAUAUGCAUAAUGCAAUAUUGAUGUUCCCUGGUCUAUGAACAGAAUGAUAAAAACGACAUUUAUCAUCCAUAUCGAGAUACUUUUGUGCAGAGCUGUACAAGUGCUACGGUGCUAGACCACCGUGUGUUAGUCAAUUUUAUUUAAUGUAACAUAGCGUUUACUAAUGUAAACUAAUGUAAAAUCAUAAUAAUACACACUAUUCAAUGCCGGGGUGGCCCUAUAUUUAGCCGGGACCAUCCCCGGCCCAAACCAUCAAUGAUGGCCUGCUUGGAGCAUGGGGAAAAUAAUUUUCACUAAUUUUGGUCACUGAUCUUAUUCUUGCAUUAAUCAUCAAUUCAGCUGCACUCUGCAUUUUCACAUGGCAGCCCAGACGCCGACAGCAUCGCAGCAGAUUAAAUAGGCGCUACCAAAUAAGGAAAUUCUCCCCUCCCCUCUAUUGCAGUUGGUUUGGUCCAAGACUCCUCCUCUGUAUUGCGGGGAACUUAAACAACAUUGGCGCGAAACAGCGCGCGUCAGUGAUGGAGGGCAGAAAGAGGCCAGGUGGAACCGAAAGGGCAAAGCUUAAAAAAAGGAAGGAGGUGGCAGCAAAAUGUGCCAAAUUGACAGAUAUGUUCUCAAGACCAGCUGGUAGGUUACGAAAGAUAUGGAGUAUGAUAACCCUGUUUGUCGAUUUUAUCAGUCUAUGCUAGGCCUAUAAUGUGUCGAUAAUUUGCGAUGUCAAUUCAGCUUUUUGAUGUCAUGUGAAAUCUCGCAAUUUACACGGUAUAGAUGUGGUCUCAUCUCAUCUCAUUAUCUCUAGCCGCUUUAUCCUUCUACAGGGUCGCAGGCAAGCUGGAGCCUAUCCCAGCUGAC